CAGAGGGCUGUGACGUCACGACAGAGAAAUCUCAGGGUCGCCCGCACUGGAUGGUGGUAUUUUGAUCUGACACGUUGAAGACAAGCUACCAGAUAAUGGUGGUAAGAUAGUGGGGUAUGGUGUGACCAAGUGUGUGGUGAGAGUGCCAGAAUGGUUGUGUGGUGAUUGGCACUCUGCCCCUUGUUUGGGGUUAUCCACCACUCACUGCACACAACCAACACCCCACCUACCAGUACAAGUUUAUCAGUUCAUACCACGCAUGUCAUAACUACCUGGCCUCUGUAGAACUCAACUGUGGUUGUGGUAUCACAAACUGUGACAUCAUGAGUGACGGAAAUAAAUGGCCCUGUGGGAGAUGCACCUACCUCAAUUAUGCCAGUGCUGUACGGUGCACUAUGUGCACAGUGCCACGCUCCCCACACCUUAUUGUGGAGGCUGGAGCUGACAUUUACCAGUUGGGAUGCCAGGCUGCGCCACCGUCUCGAAGGCCACCAGAGAGCCCGCCUCCACAAGAAGUUGACAAGUGGCGUUGUCAUUUAUGUACUUACCGUAAUUAUCCAAGAGCCCUAAGGUGUACACAGUGCCGCACACCACGCCUUUCAUUAGCAGAAGAAAUGGCAGGUCUUUCUUUGGCAAAACCUGCAUCCUCAUCACCCACAAUAUCCACAACAACUCCUACAUCAACACCAACUUCAACCCCAACUGCAACCACAGCCAUCACUACCACUGCCAAUAUAGCCUCACCGGCAGCUACAACACCAAGUACGACCCCCACCACAGCCUCUGCUCCAACCAAUAACCGUAAUGGAGGCCAGAGUCCAAACAAAGGGGUUGCAGGGCAAAGUGGUAGAGGUCCCCCUGGAGCUGGAGCAGAUCACCCCAGUCCAGGAGGGACACCCCCAGGUGGGGCGGGGCGCUGUAGUCCACAAGGAGCGGGUGUAACGCAGCCACAACCACGUCAUGAAACUGAACCAGCUGUACCCAGUUAUAAAUGGAGAUGUCGUGCAUGUACCUAUGAAAACUGGCCAAGAUCGACAAGGUGUGUGAUGUGUGCCACCCCAAAAGGACUUUGUGCCGCCUCAGCCCAGUCCCAGCCAGCUCGCCUUGCAACACCACCUCCUCCAACUGACAGUAAAAAUAAUAAUAUGAGUGCAAACAUAGUAACACCUCCAGGGGAAGCAAGUGAACCUACCAAAGUUGAGAUAAUACGUGAACCCAGUGAUACGCAUCAUACUGAGAACAAUGCAAAAAACAGAGAAAACAUUAAUGAAAUAAAUAAAGCCCGCAGCAGUGACUCACAGCUCCAAGAUCCGCAAUUGAUAUCCCAAAGAAACUCCAGUGAAUCAAAGGAAAACAGCACCAUUCCUACUAGUGUUGGUGGCAACAAUGCCUCAGGUGCUGUGAGCCAUCGUGGUGGAGAAGGAGCCAUGGCACUCAAUAACUACGAAACAGAGCGACUCCUAAGGCAGCUCAGACGACGAUUACGGGAAGCUGAUUGGGCUUGGCUGAAUGCUUGCAAUGGAGUAGUGGAAGGCAACUAUGAACCAGUUGAAGCUUACCUUUCAGCAGGGGGAGACCCAAUGAGGCAGCUAACCAGUGCAGAUGUUAAGCUGUUAUCUCGGCCUUCUGCAUUUGAUGAAGGUCAUACGCUUGUUCACUUAGCUAUAAGAUUUGGUCGAGAAGAUUUACUUGCUACAAUUCUAUCACGCAUGGAUGGUGGGGGCACAGGGGUGAAGCGAGUCCCUCCCUAUGUGGCACCAGACUUGGCCACAGACAUCCGUCGACAUGUUUCCGCUUCAAUUCGUCAGAGAAAAGGGCCAUUCCCUUGUCACUUUGUUUCAGAGCUUGUUACUUUCUCACUACCUGCAGAAAUUGAAGAUUUACCCGUGAGUGUUCAAGAACAGCUGUUUGAAGAGCUUCUUGAUCGUGAUGCGCAGAAGCAGCUGGAAGAGGAUGCACCUAUUAUUAACUGGUCCUUAGAAAUCACAGACAGACUUGGCUCACGACUCUAUGCUCUCUGGAAUAGAACAGCAGGUGAUUGUCUUCUAGACUCAAUACUACAGAGUACCUGGGGUGUAUUUGACCGAGACAAUGUACUUCGUAGAGCUUUAUCUGACAGUCUUUCGGAAGCAUCUCAUCUGUUUUAUCCCCGUUGGAAAGAAUACGAGCGAUGGCAGGCUCGACUUCUAGACUACUAUGUUCCCGAAGGCCAAGUCCUUGAGGAAUGGGCAGAGUUGAUCUGCUUGGCCUCCCAACCCGGUGCCGCACUAGAGCAGCUCCACAUCUUUGUCCUGGCCCACAUCCUGCGACGACCAGUGAUUGUGUAUGGAGUAAAGUGUGUCAAGAGCUUUAGAGGAGAAGACUUGGGUUUUGCAAGAUUUGAGGGUGUGUACUUACCAUUGUUAUGGGAACCAUCAUUCUGUUGGAAGUCCCCUAUUGCGCUUGGAUACACUCGUGGACAUUUCUGUGCCCUUGUGCCCAUGGAGCCAGACUCUCCUGAGAACAUGGGAGCAGGAGCAAUCUUGGAUGCUGGGGAGUCACAGGUGGUCUUCUUGCCUUUAAUGACUCAAGAUGCUAAGCUUCUCCCUGUGCACUUCCUUACACAGGCUGAGGUUGGCUGUGAGGAAACAUUACUAAGACAGUGGCUGGAGGUGUGUGUCAGUGAGGGAGGUGUACUGGUGGCACAGCAGCAUCUCACCAAGAAGCCCCUGACGGUGGCCCAGAUGACGGAGGAAUGGCUCAACCAUUACAGAAGGCUUGCGUAAGUCUUGUCUCAGGGGAACUACCACAACAAAUGGAAUGUGCCCCAUAUCACCGCCCCAUAACAAGCCAAGGAUACUCCAGUGACGGGGACUCAGAGGAAGAAUGAUCUGGAUCUC